AUGGCCGCCAACAUUGCAAUCUUUCCACUUCAGCCACAAAUUCAGGCAAUUCGACAAUAUAAUCGCACUUUUAAUCAUCUUGAGCGCUUUAAUGAUAAGAAACUAUUUAAAAGGUAUCGUUUUGAGUUGGAUGGGAUUGAAUUUAUAUGUGAUUUAGUGAGAGAGGACCUCGAAAGAGCAAGUGGUAGGUCAAUGGCCCUCACAGUGGAAAUACAAGUGCUCCUUGCCUUGCGUUUUUUUGCUUCGGGGGCAUUUUUGGAGGCAAUAGGAGACACCCUUGGUGUAGACAAGGGAUCAGUAUCAAGAGCUGUGCGUGAUGUAAGUGCUGCGUUACACCGCCGGAGGGAUGAAUUUAUAAAAUGGCCAAUCCAAGUCGAAGAGCGGCGUAAAGUACAGAUGGGUUUCUACAACAUCUCAGGCUUCCCAAGAGUACUCGGCUGCAUAGACGGCACCCAUGUGAGGAUUAUAUGCCCAAAUGCGCCACUCUUGCCAGUAGAAGCACCACCACCUCCACCACCACCACCAGCAGAUGAUGAAGAGCAGCUACCACAGCAGGCACAGCCAAUGCCAAAUGCAGCACGGCCAGAGGAAGAUCCACAUGAUGAUGAUCCACAGCAGCCUCAGCAGCAGGGAAGGGUCCCAAACUAUGAAGCGUCAUUCGUUAAUCGCAAGGGCUACCACAGCCUAAACAUCCAGGCAGUCUGUGACCACACUGGAAAGUUCACAAACAUAGUGGCAAAGUGGCCUGGAGCUACCCAUGACAGCUACAUUUUCCGUAACUCAGCCCUCUCCGUCCACAUGGAAGCGAAUAACCCAAGAGGAGAGGACGGGAUGAUGUUAGGAGAUAGUGGCUAUCCUUGCAGGCCAUUCCUCAUCACCCCCUACCCCAACCCUACAACACCUCGUGAGCAGCACUUUAACAAGUCCCUCUGUGGCACAAGAGUUCGCAUUGAACAUGCCUUUGGUGUCCUCAAACGGCGAUUCCAUGUGUUGCAUGGCGAAGUUCGCAUGCAACCUGAACGUGUGGUAAAGAUUGUGUCGGCGUGCACAGUGUUGCACAAUAUUGCAGUCAUGAGGGGAGAACGGGAGCCCCCAGAGGACGAGAGUGACAACAGUGAUCUUGAGAAUAACGACAUUGAUAGCGACAGUGAUAGUGAUGGUGGAGACGAUUAUGAUGGGCCAGAAAAUGGACGACUUUACAGGGAUUACCUGGCAACCAAAUACUUCUAAAGGUAAACUAUAGGCAGCAGCUAGGUAUAGGCAAGAAAAAGUUAAUAGACGAAGCAGCCAAUUAUAUCGUCUCCCAUAUCUCACAGUAUGUUAAAACCAUUCCAUACUUCAUACUGAAUCUGACAUGACCAAGUGCCCUUGCUGUGUAUAUUAGUCACCUGAAGAUGACCAAUUUAACCCCCUAACCAAUGCCUAUAGUUUCCCUUUUUAAAAUGCUAUCUGAGUAAACUGAUUAAAUUCAAUUAAGCCCCAGUUAGUAAUUGGCAAUUUAAUCAACGCAAGCUCAGCUUGAAUCUUUAUACCAUUUCAUUCAUAAUAAAUACAUGUACAAUUUCGUUUAUAAUAAUGCUGUAAUGUACAAUGUAAUGUACAAUGUAAUAUAUGUACAUGUUAAUAUUUUCCUGGCAGUCCUUAAAGUUAAAAAUUCACAAAUUUGUGAAGGGCCUCCUCUUCCAUUUUC